AUGAAGUCCAUCAUUGCCCCCAGCGCUCUCUCCUCCGACUUUGGUCAUCUCACCGCAGAAUGUAAGCGUAUGAUUCAAAACGGCGCUGAUUGGCUCCACAUGGAUGUCAUGGACGGCCACUUUGUACCCAAUCUCACGAUCGGCGCACCGGUCCUGUCGUGUGUCAAAAAGGGCAUUCCAGAUAUCUUUAUGGACUGUCACAUGAUGGUCUCUCAGCCUGAACGCUGGGUAGAUGACAUUGCAGCAGCCGGCGGAUCAUCCUACACAUUCCACUAUGAAGCAACAGAUAACCACAUGGAGAUCAUCGAAAUGAUCCACGAGCACAACAUGCGUGCAGGCAUCGCGAUUUCACCCGACACACCGUCCACAGUUAUCACAGACGAAAUUGCCAACGCGGUCGAUAUGAUAUUGGUCAUGACCGUCAACCCUGGCCGAGGUGGUCAAAAAUUCAUGGAACGCUGCAUGCCAAAGGUCUCUGAACUCCGCGCCCGGUUCCCGGACAAAGACAUUCAAGUCGACGGUGGCGUCUCAACUUCAAACAUCGAGACGUGUGCGCACGCAGGCUCGAAUGUGAUUGUCGCUGGAACAUCUAUAUUUAUGGCCCAAGAUCCAUCUCAGGUUAUCACUACUUUACGUGCGGCAGUCGAUUCGGCACUUGCUGCUCGAAAGACGGCCAGUUCUUAA